AUGAAAACACAAAACUGGAAAGAAUUGGAAGUAGAUUUAAGCACUCCUGUGUUGAAAACUAUUGAAGAAUUAAAAUUUUCUUGCAUGACACCAGUGCAGGCAGCUUCUAUACCACUAUUACUAAAGGGAAAGGAUGUUGCGGCAGAAGCUGUAACCGGUAGUGGAAAGACAAUUGCUUUCAUAAUUCCUGUAUUAGAAAUUUUACAGAAAAGGAAAGAGAAAUGGAGAUCUUUAGAAAUUGGAGCGAUAAUAAUCAGCCCUACAAGAGAACUGGCAGUACAAAUAUAUGAAGUUUUACAAAAAUUUUUAAAUAAUUUACCACAUUUAAAACAAAUAUUGCUUGUUGGUGGUACAACAGUUGCAGAAGACGCAGAGAGACUUAAAACUGGUGCAAAUAUUAUUGUAGCAACACCUGGUCGAUUAGAAGAUAUACUAUCAAAUUGUAAAAGUAUAAAUUUGGCAGCACAUGUAAAAUCAUUAGAAAUAUUAAUCUUAGAUGAAGCAGAUAGGUUAUUGGAUCUGGGUUUCUCUAUAUCAGUGGACACAAUAUUGAGUUAUUUACCUCGACUCAGAAGAACAGGUUUAUUUUCUGCAACACAAACAAAAGAAUUACAACAGCUAAUCAGAGCAGGAUUGAGAAAUCCAGCUCUGAUAUCUGUUAAAGAAAAAGCAAAUAUUUCUACACCGUCAAAUUUAAAAAACAAUUACACUAUUGUAAAUGUUGAAUACAAAUUAUCCGCAAUGAUAGACUUUAUUCAACAAAAAGGAACUAGUUUAAAGUAUAUGGUUUUCUUAUCUACAUGUGCAUGUGUAGACUACAUCAGUCAUGUUGUACAAGCAAUGUUACCCUCGGUUCAAAUACUCGCGAUUCAUGGUAAAAUGAAGAGCAAGAGGUAUAAAGUCUUUAAUGAAUUUCGACGUAUCGAAAGUGGUAUUCUAAUAUGCACAGAUGUUAUGGCUCGUGGUGUAGAUAUUUCAGAAGUCAAUUGGGUGUUGCAGUAUGAUCCCCCUUGUUCAGCUAGUAGUUUUGUGCACAGGUGUGGCAGAACUGCUAGAAUUGGCAACGAAGGAAAUGCCCUCUUAUUCCUUCUAGAGACAGAAGAUACAUAUGUAGAUUUUAUUAAACGGAAUCAAAAAGUGGAUUUACAGAGACUAAACAUUGAACGGUCUGUGACUUUAUAUGAAAAGUGUUUAAAAUGUAUGAGAGACUUACAAAAAAAAGAUCGAAUAUUAUUUGAUAAAGCUAACAGAGCAUUUGUAUCAUAUGUACAAGCAUAUAGUAAACACGAAUGUAAUUUAAUACUAAGAUUGAAAGAUAUUGAUUUGGGAAAACUUGCAAUGGGUUUUGGAUUGUUACGUAUGCCUCGAAUGCCUGAACUUAAAGGAAGAGAUGUCUCAUGUUUUAAAGAAGAAGAUAUCAAUAUCAAUUCAGUUGCCUACUUGAAUGAACGAAAAGAACAAAAUCGCCUAGAAAAACUUAAGGUCUAUCAAGACAGUGGGAUAUGGCCUACAAUACACAAACGUAAACGCAAACAAACUGAAUCUUGGUCUGAAACUAAAAAAAGAAAAUUGGAAAAACAAGAAAAUCGUAAGAAACGAAAAGAAAAAAAAAUUAAACAGGAAUCAUCGACGAAAUCAACGAAAAAACAGAAAAGAAAGGUAACUCAACAAGAUAUUGAAGAACUCGCAAAAGACAUAGCAUUAAUAAAAAAAUUGAAGAAA